AAACUGUAUGUCCAUGUGCAUACUUGAGAUUUACUCAAUUCAACGACUCUCUUUAUUAUCACAAGGACAGACAAACCACCGAAUGAAUCUCCCUCCGAUCAUCACCUCUCUAUCUCUACAUACAUAUCAUCUCUCUCCGGCCACUCAGAUAUGAACGGAGAUAGUUCCGAUGGUCAAACAAACAAGCAAGUCUCGUUCAGCAUAGAGAAUUCUAGUCAACAUUCUGUGAAUGAUGCAGCAGAUCUCAAUUCAUAUAAUCAUGCUGCUAAUUCAAUUCAUUCACAUAACUUAUCCGUUGCAACAAAGCCUGUUGUAUCAGCUGCUCAUAUACUCAAAACUUUGUUUUUUAUACUUGUUUGGUACACUUUCAGUCUUCUCUUGACUCUGUACAAUAAGAGUUUGUUAGGUAAUGAUAUGGGGAAAUUUCCGGCUCCUUUGUUGAUGAACACAUUUCAUUUCGGGAUGCAAGCUGUUUUCGCUAGGGCUAUUACAUGGAUUUGGUCUAGUAGGUUUCAAACUACUGUCAAAAUGUCGUGGAAGGAUUACUUCAUGCGAGUUGUACCAACAGCUCUUGGAACUGCACUGGAUAUUAACUUGAGCAAUGCAUCUCUUGUUUUUGUCACUGUUACAUUUGCCACUAUGUGCAAAUCUGCGUCUCCAAUAUUUCUUCUUCUGUUUGCUUUUGCAUUCAGGUUGGAGUCUCCAAGCGCAAAGCUCUUUGGCAUUAUCUUGGUUAUAUCAGUUGGAAUAUUAUUUACAGUUGCAAAGGAAACAGAAUUCCAAUUACUGGGAUUCAUUUUUGUCAUGAUUGCUGCUGUUAUGUCUGGCUUUCGUUGGACAAUGACUCAAAUACUGCUUCAGAAAGAAGUAUAUGGUCUGCAAAAUCCACUGAUGCUAAUGAGCUUCAUAGCUCCAGUUAUGGCAGUCUCAACUGGUAUACUGUCUCUUAUUUUUGAACCAUGGAGUGAAUUCGGAACCAAUGUUUACUUCAACAGCUCAUGGCAUAUUACUCGUAGUUGCUUGCUGUUGCUUCUUGGUGGAACUCUGGCCUUUUUCAUGGUUUUAACAGAAUACAUUCUUGUUUCCGUAACUAGUGCAGUUACAGUGACUAUAGCAGGAGUUGUCAAGGAAGUAGUCACUAUAUUGGUUGCUGUAAUAUACUUCCACGAUGAGUUUACAUGGAUGAAAGGGUGUGGUCUCAUCAUCAUUAUAAUUGGUGUCAGUUUAUUUAAUUGGUACAAAUACCAAAAGCUACAAAAGGGAGAAUCAAGUGAGGAUGACAUGUCAGGGUCUUUGAGGACUAAUGUACCUGCAAAAUAUGUUAUUCUUGAGGAGAAUGAUGAUCAAGAUGCUGGGAUUUGAAUACUUGAAUUGCUUGUCUUGAGUUUAUUAAACUUAAUCCCGCAGUUCCGAAUUUUCCAAAAGAUACUUCCAAGAAUUUCCUGCCCGAAGGGCUAUAUAUCAGGAUACCGGUAUUAGUGGUGCCUCAAAAAAAAUUUGUUGUCAACUGUCAUUUGGGCAUGGUCCGAUUUCGUCGUCUCAUCCCAUAAGAGAGAAAACGAAUUCCAGUUACCGAAGAAUCAGAUGUCAUCAGGUGAAAUCGGCUGCAUGUUGUAGAAUUGUAGUGGACUGAUUGAGUUGUAGUGUAUAUUACUUUAACUGGUUGAAUUGAUUUUUUAUUUUCUUUUGUCAAAGUAUAAUCAUAGUUUUGCUAUCAGUUUGUUAAA